AUGAGCAUGCAGGUGUUUGUGGAUGCCGACUAUGCAAGCAAGGCAGCAGACCGUAGGUCGGUCUCAGGAGGACUAGUGAUGUGUGGGGGUGGGUGUGUGACUUGGUUUUCGAGGACGCAGAAGUGCGUCACGCUCUCCACAACGGAAGCAGAGUAUGUGGCAAUUGCCGACGUCUUGAAGGAAGUGCUUUUCUUGAGGCAGGUUUGGCGUUUUAUGUUGCCAGAUGCAGGUAUGCCGUGCAUUCCGGUCUUCGAGGAUAAUCAGGGAGCGAUUCAGAUUGCGCACAACCCGAUCACGAACUCAAACUCGAAGCACAUCGAUGUACGGCAUCACUUUAUCAGGGAACUGGUAGAGAGGAAGGAGAUUUCGAUUACGCAUGUGACGUCGGAGUUUCAGCAUGCAGAUUUCUUGACGAAGGCUAUCAGCAAGGAAUCUUUUGCGUUGCACAGAGACUUUGUGAUGAAUUUGCAGUGA